GAGAAGCAGGCUCCCCUGAGUGUGUGAGCAGUGCCCAUGCUAUGGAAUGAAGCGCCACAGGCUCCCUCUGCCUGUACAACACAGAGCACAGGCUGUGCACUUAGCAGCUCUACAUUUCCUCCCUCUCCCUCUCAGGGAAACCGUCUCGCUUUCUACCGAGAGCUCCUCUAACCCUGCUCUCUCCUUUCCUCUCCCCCUCUCUCUAUCAUAUCUCUCCAUCAUCCUUGCCUUGGAACCCCCGCUCCCAGUCGAACAGCACUGCGAUUUUUGGAUUCAUCGGGGAGAAAGUGAGGUGCACCAAGCAGGAGAGAGAGCGCUCAGUCUGUGAGCAACAGAGAAUCAGCUCUUCGGGCUCCCCAGGGUUGACAUAUUAUGAAGAAUUUUACAUCAGUCGUUAUGCAUCUGUAUGGAUUAUCUUAAAGAGACUGAAGGUGUCUGUGAGUGAAGGUGGUGGGGAUUACAAUAACCAGAACUGAGUAAAUUUAUGAGCAGAAGAAUGACGGAAGUAAUGAACACAUGUGAUCCUGCAAUGGAAGAAUUUACACUAAGUGCAUCAGCUGGUGCAGAAGGCCAUGCUGUUCAGAUUUUUCCAGAUACUCAUGAAAAGCACCCAAAGCUGACAAAACGAUUACCUUCAAUAGUGGUAGAACCAACAGAAUGUGGAGAUGUGGAAAGUGGUGAACUUCGCUGGCCACCAGAAGACCUGACUCCUGAUGACAAAACCCUAGCUCGUGAUCAAAGAGACUCAAAAUCAUUUCCAGGGCAGCAUGCAGAUGCUGAAGGUGCUGCACGUUCUGCCUAUGAAGAGGGGAGCUACGCAGGAUGCCGAGCGAGCGGAGAUAAUAAUUAGAUCUCUUACAGUGAAACAUCUUCAAGUAUCUGUUGAGUAGUUAGAACAUAUAAAGAACAGUUGGGACUGCACUGAACUGUUCCUUUCGAUUUCCAAGAAUCUUGCAGGGGUCGUUUGGCAGAGUUUACUGUAGAUUCACAUCCUGUCAGGACUGAAGCUUAAAUCUGCCGCAUGUAGCUGGAGAUUCCAACUAUUUUUAGAGAACCAAAUGCUUGUAAAAUAUUAAUCAGUAAGGGGAUCUUUUGGAAGCUUUAGCUCGUGGCUACAUCUACCACAAUUCUUUUAGUCUAAAUCGAACACAAAUAAUUGAUGUCAUUUGUGACAGCUUCCAAAACUUGAAUUUUGCCCAGGUGUAUAUAGAAAAAAGGGACUUGCCCUUUAAAUUGCAUUCCAGCUAACAGAAUUCUUUGUGAUUAAUCCGUUAGGAUAAGCAUCCUGGGUCACUCUGGCUGUAGUGUAACUGCUACCCCCCAGCAUUCAUGCGCUAGAUGUGCUGGGUGGAGCUCUAGUUGCUCAUCAGCUGUAUUGACAUUUGUUGCCUAUUUCUUAUUUAGCUUCUCUCUUGAGCUUUAAUACUUGGCUCAGAUUGUGCAUUGCUUCUUAACUGCUUCAGAACAGAAACGCUAUUUAUUGCUAACCUAGAAAAAGGGAGGAAGCGUGCAGACCGAAAAAUGUUCUCUGCAGUGUUUGGUAACUUUUUGGCUAUUUCUAUCUGAAAUGAAGUUCCCCUGUAUGCCUCCAUUAACUGAGCUUAGCAAAGGAUGCUGGUAGUUCUGCACCAAAUAUUGCCUAUCACUGCCCUAGGAAAUGCCAUGUGACUUCCUUUAUUUUCUACUAGUUAGUAAGACUAGCACUGUGAUGUAAUAUCAUGUAAUAUGUGUCUGCCCAACUUUUGGGUGAAUUGAGUAAAAUGGGGAGCUGGAGUAAAUAUGGUUCAAAGGGACUGGCCAACACAGAUAAAAGAAAACACUUUCACAGUAAUCAGUUAACUGGGUCUCUUUUUUUAAAUAUAGAGUAAUCACUCCACCAAAAUUACUCCACAUCCCUUUUCUUCAUACAUGUAACCCUUUGUGUGCAGAUAUUUUAUACUGAUAAAUUUCAGCUCCAUUGUGUUUUUUUGUUACAAACAAUAUACACGAAUACCAUUUAAAAAAUGAACCGAAAAAAGCCAUUCAAAAUAUGUAUAUAUUGUUUCAAAACACUUCGAAAAACAGACACAUUGUAGAAUUUAUUUGAAGCAAGCGGUAUGUUGUUUCUGUUAGAUGCUUUGUUUUCACUUAUGGCAAAUUAAAGUUGUUGGGGAAAAGGAUUGAGUGUUUUAUAGUUGUAUUACUCUGUAUUUCUCUGGCCAGUUGCCUUUUUUCCAUGGUGAAGGUAGCCAUAUCCUAGCUGACUUAGGUUAGCCCACCAAUUCACUGUGGCCCAGAGGGAAAGAUAUUAUUCAAUGGCCAUGUAGCAUUGUUUUGGUCACUUAGGCCAAUAGGCUAGGUGAGUGGAUCUGACAGGAGGUGAUGAAGCUCUUCUCUGAUCUUCAGUGCAUCAUUACCUGCUGACAAAGGGGAUCAGCUGAUUAUAUUUUCAGUUUGGACAAAUUGAAUGUGUUCUGAUAGCACUGUCAAAACUUCAAGGCAUCAUGUAUGAUAUGGUCUAAAAGCCCAAAUUUCCUAACCUAUUCUGGACAUGUUUGGCCAGCUUAAGGCAACAGAACAAGCCAAAUACUGAAGAUGUUUCAUCGAUGUUUGAAAUAGUAUUACUACUGAACAAAGCAUCUCCCAGUAAUAACAGACCCCUCAUUUAAUCAGCUGGAAGAGCUCUACAGUGUAUCCAUAUUGGCUAAAAAUGGUGAUAACUACAUGGGUUCCUUAUUCCUAAUUUAGGUCCCGAAGCAUAAGGGCAAAAGGCCUAACAGAUCUGUUGCCAGCUGCACUGGGUUGGAUCAUAAAUAUCUAAACACAGAGGCAUUUCCAGGAUGUGUGGGAGGAGAUGAAAUGACUUAAAUUAGGUUUGCAAGUUAAAAAAAGAUUGUGCUAUAGAGAAGCAGUAUUUUGCAUUGUACCUGAAAUAUAAGAAAUACAACAGCACAUACAGCAAUGAUUCACUCCAAGAACAGAAUAAAGCUUUGUUUUAUUUACAGAAAUAUAUGUCAGAAAAUGUUUUUGUGUAGGCACAUGGAACUUUACUUUUACUGCAUAUCUAUGUUUUCAUUUUAAAUAAAAAAAAAAUUGCUGUUGGAUAAAAAUACACACAGUGACGUACAA